AUGUACCCAGAAAUACAGCUACUUUACAAAUUGCUGUCAGUUUUACAGUCAACCGCUGAUCAUAUCAAACACCAACCGAGAGCGCUACUGGUUCAAUUCCUAAUUAAUUUGACAUAUGUCUUUCAAACUCACACCCCAGACCAAAAAUUGCUCUUGUCAUUGACAUUCCCAUCGUCGUUAUUUCCUUUGAAAUUGGUCUCGAAAUUUUCAGUUUUCAUUCCUAACAUAAAGUAGGAGAUACCCAAAUGAUGAUCUGAUAUAUUUAGAUAUGGAUGCAUCUUGGCGAGACAGUCCGCAGAAGCUGAAUGAAUAUCAGACAGACCAAAACUUUUUUCGAAGAUGUAAGCCACCGCCACCGCCAGGAAAUGAAGACGAAUGGGAACUCCAAUUUUGCAGAUGGUGGGGAUGGAAUUGGGUGAAGAAAAGCGAAAGCAAAAUAAAUGAUCGAAUAAGAACUUCAAUGGAGAAAAAAUUAGAGAAAGAAGAGAAAGUGGAGAAAAAACCGUUCAAAAACUUGUGCAACUGUCUCUGCUUCAAAAAACGACCCAAAAAGGUAACUCCAAGUCUGCAAAAUCUCUAUUCCACCCCCUCGAACACCGUUAUUCUACGAGAGACUUACACCUGCGGAGUAUUGGAGAAGAGCGGAGAUUCCAUUUCUUGCUUGGAAGUGCAAAGGAAUUUUUCCAGAAAAGGCAAAAAGAGAUUUCAUAAAAGUGAUGCGAUUCAGACUAGGCGGAAAUUGGAAGAUAGCUCGACUUGCAGCUGCCAAGAAUGCCAAGAUGAGAGAAAAACUCCUACUGAAUCUUCUGAGUCUUCCAGACAAUCAAAUUGUUCGAAUUGCUGCCCAAUCUGCCCAGAUGAAAACAAAAAAUAUAAUUGUAGCGAUAAUCUCAUCCCUCCUAUACACUUCCGGGACUUCCAGUUCGAAAAACCUCUUUGGGAGGGGAACGACAAACCAUUUCCGAAAAAAAUAGAUGCUCAGCUGCAAACUUCCGAAAAAGACGUCGAAAAUGACAUGUCGCAAACUUACAGAACAUUUUCUUGUAACGCAGAAGCUAGAACGCGAAAAAAAAAACAUUACCACCUUUACUGUUGCCACCAUUGCUGCUGCUGUUGUUGCUCCAACAGCAGCAACAAAGAGAUCGCCCAAACGAUAAAGCAGAAGGAAAACGUUAUCGAUGAGGUAUACCCAGACGUAUCGGAAAAAUUGGCUGAUUCUACAAAAAAGAUUUUGCCAUGUAACGACUGUGUCGAUAGGAAGCUUCCCUCAAUGACUAAAAAAAUCCCAAAAGAAUCGCGCGAGGUUGAAAAUACGUGGCUUUUGAACAACAGUAACAAUUAUUUAAAAGAUCUCAAGCCCUGGAAUAGAUUUUUGAGUGGAGACAAGGCCAUUUCAAAGCUUGGGUUUCCUUCGAAGUACCCUUGGAUCCAAAACACCAAAUCCAAUAUUCUUGACAAAUAUUAUACCAAACACCUAAAGGAAGACUUUUUAAGUCCUGUGUCAGGAAAAACAUUCGAUUUGCGACCUUCUCGGAUUGAUAGUUUUGAUAGAAUCACCACAUCUUCUCUACCAGAUCCGAUUGAAGUCGAGGAUGACAUUAAAUAUAUAAAUCAUCUAGAGGAACGGGUCAAGGUUGAUCUGGAAUCACGUAUUAUGCUAGACGCCGUUUGCGACGCUAUUUUGAAUGAUAAAAGAGUACGGGAAGAACCCAGUUUAUUGGUAGAUGAUUUUGAUUACACGGAUGAACACGAAAAGACAGCCUACUUGCCUGAAUGUUCAUUUCUUCCAAGGAGAGAUGACAUUUUAUUCGGAGCGCCUGUAGGAGUUGGAAAGGAAUUUACUGAGCAUUCAGUAGGAGGGGUUGGCGUUAAAAAUAAUUUGGGUCAUUCUCAGAAUAUGCAUCAGAUGCCUGAACACGUCAUUUUGAAAGAAAUCAGAGAUUUAUUGAAGAAACUUUAUGCGAGCAAAGAUGUGGCCAGUUGCGAAAGAGAAAGGAAAG